UACUUGAUAAUGCAUGCAUACAGCAACAACACAUAUACUUAUAUACAUAUAUAAAUGGUGACGAUUUGUAUAAAGAACUAAAAAUGUGUCAAAAUAAGUUAGAGUUUCCGACGCUGUCCCGAAAAAAUCAACACCAGCAACUUCUACAUGAAACUUACCUACAACGAACCAAAGUUAUUUGUAAUAUGAAUAUAAUUCACUUAAGCGUUCUUCAACAAAUGAGAGCUAUGUUCCGACUAUGCUUCAUUGUCUUGGCAAUAACUGUGCUUGCUUCGACAGCAAAUUUAUUUUGUACACUAAAGUGUCUAAAAAUUGGAGUGCAACACGGCGCUUGUGUAAACCCGAAUGGCCGACUAAGCGGCGACUGUCCACCAACGACUAGAAUACUCAACAUGAAUACGAAUGGCUAUAAGAAAUUCCUACUACAUCAGCAUAAUCAAUUGCGCAAUACAAUUGCUGCUGGCCGCGUAGCUAAACUGCCGCAGGCGAAUAGAAUGGGCGAGGUCUUUUGGGACCGCCAAUUGGGUUUUCUCUCCGUCUUUAGUGGCAAACGUUGCAGUCUAAGUGAUCCGUAUUGCUAUCGCACUGGUUUGCUGGCGAAUCCGGGACGUGUUGCCAAAAUAUUUCAAUUCCCUAACAAAAGUGAUGUCAAGCCAGCUAAUGUGAAAUUGAAAAUUGGUGAAUGGUUUAAGGAAAUCAAUGAAACGGCCAACGCCUUCGAGGAUUUAUUUCCACCGCAUGCGAACAAAGUUUUGAAUGUCGCACACAUUAUUCACGAGGAAAAUAAUCGCAUUGGUUGCUCCAUGUCGCAUUGGACGAGUAAAGAUGCCAAUGAAACGCUUAUGUUGGUUUGUCUCUAUGCAACCGAUUUAAAAAACAAUUCACCACUAUAUUCUCUGGGUCCACCGGCCAGUAGAUGUCUCUCAAAAUGGAGUAUUUUAUAUAGAAACCUAUGCAGUAUUAAUGAGGAUUAUGAUUAUUCUGAAGGCCUAACGCAGGGUAUAAAUACACAUGCAACAGUUGCAGUGCCUUUCUAUAAAAGAACGGGUUCAACUCAUAGUGGAUAAGCAAUUCAUGGUGGAGAACAAGUAUCAAUAGUCGUGUUCGUUUCGCCAUUUCUCUGCCGAGUUUAAUCCAUAGAGGUUACAUAAAACAAGAUUUGAUAGUCGUGUUCGUUUCGCCAUUUCUCCGCUUGCUAUGCUUAAGCUCCACUGUAAAAGUGUGCUAGUUGAAACCAAUACAAAAGAUGUGGUGUAUAACUGUUUGUAGUAGCAGAACUGUUAUAUAGUAUAUCUAUUUUAUUCGUAUUUCAUUAAUACUUUCGUUGCUUGUUCGAUACGCAACUCGCGAUUGUCUACAAAUGGUAGUUAACUAGCAUAAUUUUCUUUUCGGAAUAAAAUUGAUAAAUUCUUUUGAAUUACUUAUGAAAUAUUGUAGUAAAUUUUUUAUACAAUAAAAUGAGUUUGAAAAAAAUUUUUUUAUGAAAAACCAUUUAGAAUGGUUUAGUAAAAAUGACGCUAUAACUCUCAAAUUUCUGGUGUCGAAAAAUUCAGAAUGUUGGAUAAUUGAAAUCACGUCCAGGAUGGCCAUCACCAUCAACUGAUGAUCAACAUGGCCAAAAAGUAAAGGAAUUAGUGCUUGAGAAUCGACGACUAACAGUCAGAGAUCUUACUGGCAUCGUUGAAAAAUCGCAAGGAUCGGUGAAAACCAUUUUGAAAGAUCGUUUGGGCCUAAGAAAAGUGGAAGCAUGAUUGGUUCCAAAAGCAUUCAAUUUUUUCGAAAAACAGCGUGACGUUAACAAUGCUUCCCGACUACUAGGAUCUCAUAAAAUGUAUUAUUACUAGGAUGAGUCUUGGAUCUAUGCUUACGACCCGGAAACAGGCGAUCAACCGGCCGAAUAUCGUGGUAAAAGUGAGCCGAAGCCGAAAAAAACACUUUAAAGCAGGUCAACAAUAAGGUUAUGUAGACAGCCUUCUUCAAUUAUCAAAGUGUGGUGCAACUCCCAAUACCUUCCGAUCGGCCAAACUGUCAACAAGAAUACUAUUUGAGUGUAAAACGUCCUUUGCGCGAAGCUAUCCGUAAAAAGAUGCCGAAUUUAUGGGCCGACAACCCUUGGUUUUUGCACAACAAUAAUACACCCUCGCAUUAUGCAUUGAUUCUUCGUAAGUUUUUCGUUAAAUUUUUAACCAAUAUCGUGUCGCAACCACCGUAUUCACCUAUUUCGAGGAUUGGAAAAAGCGUUGGCACAAGUGUAUUGGGUCCAAAGGGGAUUACUUCGAGGGGGACGACAUAGAUUUUAAGGAAUAAAUCAAGAAUUUUAAAAUUAUCAACAAAGUCUUACUAUUUUUUGCCCAUAGUAAAAUAUCUCAAUAUAUGGUUAUGCCUAAGAUAGAGGGUUUAGAAAAAUGGGUUCUUUUGGAAUUAGCUGUAACAAACAUACUUGUAUGAGUCAAGUACUCAAUAAAAUGCCGACUAUUAUUUAUAAGUUCUUUACUUACUUUAGUAAGACUUUCGUAGCAGCAAAUAAAAUUAAUGGCUGGCAGGUAGACUACACUCACACCGAAUUAACCUAAGUUCCCGCUGCAAUUUUUUUACAAUAGGUGGCGCUGCAGACAAGUUAUGCUGAAAAGAAAAAUAUAUUCCACAAUUAAGCUCAUAUUUGAUUCAAGACUUUAUUUGAGUUAAAAGAAAUGCUUAACAACACAGUUUCGAAAAUUAAAAAUUACUUACUUAAAAAUUACUCAAUAACACUUGUACUCAAGUCCAGUUUAACAAUAAUUUAACGAAAAAGAUAAUACUUUGAAAUAGUGCCCUAAAUGUAGCUGUUUAAGUGUAUAUAAUGUUAGUGGAAUUCAAGAAAUUAGUAAUGGUUUUUGUAAAUAAUCAGAAAUAAUAAAGAAACAUAU